AUGCGGACCAAUAGUCACGACCAGCCGCCGCCUACGAUCGCUCAGCGGCUUCGCGUCCCCGGCCGCCCCGACAGCCCGACGGUUGAGUCAACGCAAGCCCAGACCGGCGAGUCUUCAAAUACCGUUGAUGCUACUAGGGAUUGGAGGAAAGGGACAUCAUUCCUCAGCCGUCUGAGCAUGCGAACCCCAUGGGCCAAAGAUCAGGAUGGUUUCGAGUCCGAUUCGGAGCAUGGGGGUAGUCGCGACGAGGGCGCCAAUGCUCGAGCCUUCACCGCCGUCAGAGGCGCUGGAGGCGGUUACAUUCCUUUGCACAAAGCCCCCCCUCGAUAUAUCCGCGUCAGCCGCAAUAACAAGAAAGACCGCGAGUUCAACCACAUGUUCCUGGCGCAGGAGCUGCGCAUCACCGAUCCAAACGCUGAGGAGGAAUCGGGGACUGGGCGCACACCCAUGACAGCCAUGGGGAACAAGCUCAUGAAGGGCGGCGCAGCCAUUUGGGCCGCAGAAUUCAGCAUGGACGGCAAGUACCUUGCUGUUGCUGGGAAGGACAAGGUAGUGAGGGUGUACGCAGUCAUCUCCACGCCCGAGGAGCGCUUUGCGCAUGAGGAAGACGAGACGCAAGAGGGCGGUCGUGAGGAGCGAUUGAGCGCUCCUGUGUUCCGGAAGAAGCCAGUGAGGGAGUACUCUGGCCACACUGAACAGGUCCUGGCUCUGAGUUGGAGCAAGAAUGGCUUCUUAUUGUCUUCGUCCAUGGACAAGACUGUCAAGCUGUGGCAUACUAAGCGUGCCGACUGUCUCUGUACUUUUCAGCACAACGACCUGGUUACCUCAAUUGCGUUCCAUCCUACCGACGACCGAUUCUUCCUGGCUGGAUCCCUCGAUUCGCAACUACGCUUAUGGAACAUUCCUGACAAAGCUGUUCAGUUUUCUACGACGACGACAGAGUUCCAGACUGCUGUGGGUUUCAGCCCUGACGGCACGACAGCCAUCUGCGGUCUCUUGAAUGGCAUGUGCAUGUUCUUCAACACAGAAGGACUCACCCCCAUAAACCAGAUCCAUGUGCGCUCGUCAAGGGGCAAGAAUGCCAAGGGCAGCAAAAUUACGGGCAUUCGAACGGCCGAGGUUCUAGAAGGACCGGAGAAGGGCGAUGUCAAGGUUCUCAUUAGCUCCAAUGACUCUCGUGUUCGGAUCUACAGCCUAAAGACCAGGAUGCUCGAGUCCAAGUUCAGGGGUCACGUCUGCCAGGCUAGCCAGAUUAGCGCACGUUUCGGCGACGAUGCAAGAUAUGUCAUCUGUGGAAGCGAGGAUAAGAAGGCCUACAUCUGGGGCCCGACCACUUCGGACAUUGAGACUAGGAGCAAGCAGCCGUACGAAAGCUUCGAUGCCCAUCCGGAAGUCGUGACCGUUGCGCUCUUUGCCCCGACCAAGAGCAAGCAAUUGCUUAGCGCUUCGGGGGAUCCUGUCUUUGAUCUCUGCAACCCGCCCCCGGUCACUCUCAUGAGUCUAGAUGAGAGUCAGGUCGCAUUAUCGGAAAGUGAUAUGAGCGACAACCACCCCCAUCACCGUUCUGUGUCGAUGGCGAAGAAGCCUGAGGAGUCUCCUGCCUACAUCGAGCGAUCGAAACAUCCAGGUGGCAAUAUUGUCAUCACGGCUGAUAGAACAGGGACGAUCAAGGUGUUCAGACAGGACUGUGCCUACGUCAAACGGCAGAAUGCCUGGGAGACUGGCUCAAAGAUCUCGUCCAAGGUGGCGACCAACAUGGGCCGCAGUGCUAGCAUCAGGACGGGGACGAGCAGCAGGGCCCAGUCGAGGCGUGGCUCUCUUAGUUUGGGAUCCAACGCUCAUCCCCAGCCCGCAUCGGACAGGAUCAUCAGCUGGCGCCAGAACAUCGAUGGCGAUGGCAACAGAAGAGACAGUAGGAAUGCCACUCCUUCCAGAAGCGAACGAUCCCUCUCACCCCACAAGGGCAAGCGGUCUUCGAUCAUCACGUCUGGUGGGAGCAUAGACUCGCGGCACAAUCUUGGCUACAGCGCAUCUGUCUGGGCAAACGAGCCGGCCAGCCCGACGGGCAGCGCAACUACGAGUCGCGCCUCAGUCAGGCUAGGGAAGAACGACCAAGGAUCAGCCGGGAUUCCCACCCCGAGCUUCAAUUUCCUCAGUAUUGCUGACACGAAGGAGAAUCCCUCCCGUGAAGGCGGUUUCUGGAACCGGCUUAGAGGCAACAACACCAGUCCCGGCCCAUCCUCACCUAGUUCCCUCUCUCCAAACAACCAAAGGCCCGGUCGCCGCGAUAACUUUGCCCGCCGGAGCUUGGGUUUCAACAACGAUAUCCGGAAACAGCUGGCUGCCGGUGAGCUUAAGGAGAGCCGGAGAGUUUCAUCUGGUGCCAGGCAGCGCGACUCGGGUGUCGGGCGGAUUAGUGCGGAGUCGACAGACGAGGGCGGCAAGCCUAGCUAG